CUCCUGAUGAUAUAUGGCGCUUUUGAUUGGAUUUAGUACGCACUAUUUAGGACGGUAGUGUGAUGGGUCUUCUGCAGCUCUGAUGGUCCCUGCUCGUCCACCUGAGCACUUCAGUGUCUUAAUUUUUAACAGCUGAUGACGAUCCAGUAAACGUCGAGUCAAGACUCUGAUGCUGAUGAUCAAUCUCCCAUGUCCUCCUCUGUGGCUCAUCGUGCAGGCUGAAGGAGUUCUCAACACAGCUUUACUUUAACCAUGAAACUGAAGGAACUGGAGAGUUGCCUUCAACAAGUGGAUGGGUUUGAGGAACCAAAGAUUCUUCUUGAACAGUAUCCCACCAGUCCACAUAUAGCAGGUUGCAUGCUGUUCACCAUCCACAACACAUUUGAUGACCUUGAGAAUAAACUGGUUGCUGAUCUGGGUUGUGGAUGUGGAGUGCUCAGUAUAGGAGCUGCUGUGUUGGAUGCAGGACUCUGUGUCGGAUUUGACAUCGACAGCGAUGCGCUAGACAUCUUCAAAGGAAAUGUCGAGGAAUUUGAGCUGCCAAACAUCGACAUGGUCCAGUGUGACGUCUGCUCUAUUGGAACGUUAUACACAAAGAAAUUUGACACGGUGAUCAUGAACCCUCCAUUUGGCACAAAACACAAUCAGGGUAUAGAUAUGCAGUUUCUGAAGACGGCCCUUUCUAUGUCGAGAGGAGCAGUUUAUUCUCUUCAUAAAACUUCAACACGAGAUCACAUACAGAAGAAGGCGAGUGACUGGAAAGUUAAAAUGGAAGUAAUCGCAGAACUUCGGUAUGACCUACCAGCAUCGUACAAGUUUCAUAAAAAGAAAUCGGUUGAUAUCCAGGUGGACUUCAUUCGAUUCACCCCAACGUGAAACUUGACCUGAAAUAAGGGCACCUCACCCACCACCUUAAUGCCCCACCCCCUUUCUGAGACACACACCUGUAGUGGAUGGCAUGAGGGGCGUAUGCACGGUGAUGUAAUCACACUGGGGCCAGAGCUCCUCCAGAGACAUCUGCUCCACCCCCCAGCUCUUAGACACCUCUGGAGGAGUAAUGGGGUCAUAACCAAUGGUCUGAGAGGAAAAAAAAAAAAGUGAUGCAUCAGUACACGGACCUUGGACAAGAGAUAGCGACAUCUCCAACAGGAACAGGACAUGGAUGAGCUCAUCAUACCCUCAUCCCAAAAGACUGCAUUCUUGUGGCCACCUCUUUCCCGAUUCUCCCAAGACCAAUUAUUCCAAGGGUUUUGCCGUACAACUCUUCACCCAUGAACUGCAAAAAAUCAACAAGACGUUCAAUAAAAAGUCCUCUGAGAGACCGAGGCAGAAUGUACCCAGUGGUCAGAUCUAAUUAGUGAUGGCUGAAUGAACAGAGGACACAAAAGUGUCUGCAAUUACACCACAUGCCAAAUUGUUCAAACAGUUUACACAAUUCAUGGUAGAUUACUCGAGCCAGCACCUUUUUACGAUCCCAGUUUUCUGCCUUCAUUGACAUAGCAGCUUGUGGAACAUUUCUACCAAAGGAAAGGGGGAGAAAAAAAAAAAAAGGGAUGAUUAACAGGCUUAUAUACUAAACCAAAAUGCUUAAACCAAAACGUAUGAAUUUUAUGGUCUUUGUUAAUAUGCUGUUAAAAUUAGUCCUGUUUAUUUAGUGCAUGGUGCAAAAUGUUUCUCUUACCUUGAUAAACUCAUUAUGAGGGCACAGGUGAGUUCAGCAGCGCUGAUAGUGUUCCCACUUGGAGUGCUGUAAAAUUAAUAACACCAAACCAUCAUCUAGAUGCAGGGACGACAACUUAUUAUUAUUAUUAUUCUCUACUGGUUUAUAACCAAAAUUAUAGAAAUAUAUACUAGCAGACAGACUGGGAUCUACAAUAUUGUACAAAAGUCUGUAAUAAAAACUUUGUUCUAGAUUUGUACAUUAGGACUUCUACAUCACCCUUGACUUGCAAGUGACGUCAAAGCAAAACAGAAACCCGGAUGUCGGCCAUGUUGGUGGAUAUACAAAUGCGGGGUCAAGCGACAUUCCAUACAACACAGUCACACGUGUGCAACUGUUUUUUUUUUCCCCUCUGCUUUAAGCUCUGCUAUAUCUUUGCGCUGUAUAUGGUUGUGGUCACAACAGUACUCGUGACCAUGGCACGUUCCGAUAUAUUAGAAUUCCGACCACUCCUGGGGAGGGUAACAAUGGUCUUGAAUUUCCUCCAUUUGUACACAAUCUGUCUGACUGUGGAUUGGUGGAGUCCAAACUCUUUAGAGAUGGUUUUGUAACCUUUUCCAGCCUGAUGAGCAUCAACAACGCUUUUUCUGAGGUCCUCAGAAAUCUCCUUUGUUCGUGCCAUGAUACACUUCCACAAACAUGUGUUGUGAAGAUCAGACUUUGAUAGAUCCCUGUUCUUUAAAGUACAUAUCAUGGGUAAAUUCAGGAGUAAGAUCAAUGCAAUUCUCCUAUUUUAUAUUAAACUUUGGUCAAAUAUCUGUAACAUUCUGCAUUCUCUGCAAUUUUUUUUUACCUUGCGCAAUACCAGAAAAAUUCAGUUGAAAUCAAGCCAUUUGAGGCGAAUUCGUCCGUCUCUUUUUUUUUUUAAAAAAACCUUUGCAUUUGAAUUCCCCGGGAAACGCUGAUUUUCAUGAUGUCAUCUAUGGGACACCUCCUUCUGAAUCCUACGUCAGCGCUGGUUUGUUUAUGAGAAAACGACCUGGUGGUUUUCUGCAAAUUUCUUCAAUGUUAUCGUGUAAUUAUUAAAAUGGUUAACAGAUGUAUCGUAGGAGGGUGUAGCAACACCAAUCCUGAUGGGAUUAGUACUCAUCGUUUCCCAAAAGACCGGACAAUGAGAGAGAAAUGGGAGCGCUUGGUCUACACAGACUGUGCACUGAAACCGUGCAAAGCUCUCGCAGCCUGCUGGCGCUUCCGCAGGUGACGUCACGAAUCUGGCUCCAGACUCCCUUGGGAUUUUUCCAGAUGUGUUUUAUUUUAUUUUUUUCUGCUGUAGACAGAUGGCCUUGUGCAAAAUUACCCUUCUGGAUGAGUGUGUAAAGGGACAUACUUUCAUAUUAAAAAAAAAAAAAAAGAAAUUGGUCCAGAAUAUGCCCUUUAAGUAAAACAGGGUGCCCACUCACACCUGAUUAUCAUUCCAUUGAUUGAAAACACCUGACUCUAAUUUCAUCUUCAAAUUAACUGCUAAUCCUAGAGGUUCACAUACUUUUGCCAUUCACAGAUAUGUAAUA